CGAUAAACUGUAGGGGAAGGAAAGAAUUAUCCUCUUGAGCCGAAGAGGAGUAGGAAGAAGAAGAAGAAGAGGACUAACAGAGAGGACUGAAAGACACUCGAGUGAGAGAGCUUCGAUCCCCUUCCCUGCUUGCUGCUACCUUGUUCGACUGAGAGAGCUUCAAUCCCCUCCCUGUCUCCUAUGGAGAUGGUCGAUGGUUCGUUUCAAGACCCUUGCUAUCUGUCCGACGGCUUCGCUGCUUCUUGUUCGGUGAAAAACUGCUAUUGAUCAUCUCUGUGGAGGAAGUGACUCGGUUGGCCCCAGGGCAUAGGGGCUGUGGGUGGAUAAUGUUCAGGAGCAGCAAUGUUGCUGCCAGGGUAUUCGAACGGCAAAUUCGUACUCCUCCUCCUGGCACCAGUGUACAUUCUGCUAGAGAGUUCUAUGAAAAUCUAGUUCCAAGCCACACUAUAUAUGAUAUUGAAUGUCCAGAUCAUUUUUUUCGAAAGUUCACUGACGAUGGUCAGUUCCUCAUAAGUUUCAGCAGGAACCAGCAAGAACUCAUUGUUUAUAGACCACGGUGGUUAUCAUUCUCGUGCAGAGAGGAGGAUUGUAAUCAUGAUCUUCCCCCGAAAGCAAGGAGAUUCGACAGUUUUUUUACCCAACAGUCCUGUGUGUCUCUUGCUUCAAGUAAUGAACUCAUCUUCAAAGAUUUCUUCCUUUACAUGGAGAGUAAUCAGUUUGGUAUCUUUACAUCUACUACCCCACCAAUUCAUGAUGCGCCUGCAUUUGAAGGAGCAAUACCUGGGGUCCCUUUAGUAGAGAAGAUAACCUUUUAUCUCAUAAGAUUGGAAAAUGGAGACAUACUGGAUAAGAAGGUGUUUCACAAUGAUUUUGUUAAUUUAAGUCAUAAUAUGGGAGUCUUCCUGUAUGAUAAUUUAUUGGCAAUCGUCUCUCUUCGGUUUCAAACCAUACACAUACUUCAAAUUCGAGAAUCGGGGAACCUAGUUGAUGUAAGAGCUAUUGGGCUAUUCUGUCGUGAAGAUGAUGAGCUCUUUCUCAACUCUAAUGCUCAGUUGUCAGGGGAUCGCGCUGAUGCUGGUUUGCAUCAUAGACAGUCAUUAGACAGUACCUUCUUGAGUGGCCUCAAACAGCGCCUGCUUUCAUUUGUGUUCCGAGGAAUAUGGCAUGAAGAGUCCGAUGACACUCUGAGGAUCCAUUCCUUGAAGAAGAAGUUCUUCUUCCAUUUUCAAGAUUACGUUGACUUGAUAAUCUGGAAGGUACAAUUCUUGGACAGGCACCAUUUGCUCAUUAAGUUUGGCAGUGUAGAUGGAUGGCUGUCACGAAAUGCAGAUCACCACCCAGCAUUUUUUGCCGUAUAUAACAUGGAGACAACAGAAAUUGUUGCAUUUUAUCAGAAUUCGUCAGAGGAGCUUUAUCAAUUCUUUGAGCAGUUCUGCGACCAUUUCCACGUGGCAUCAGGAACCCCUCUCUACAUGAGGUUUAUUUCAUCGCAGUCAAACAAUAUUCACGCUUUGGAGCAAUUGAAGUCCAUUAAAGCCAAGGCUAACAGCUUUCCUCAGUUUGUGAAGAAAAUGCUGGGUUCUGUAGCUUACACCUGUCAGUCACAAAGCCCUUCUCCAUACUUUGAUCAAUCACUGUUUCGGUUUGAUGAAAAGUUAAUUUCUGCAACUGAUCGGAACAGGCUGUCAACAGAUCAUCCCAUCAAAUUCAUUACGCGAAGACGACCUUGCACCCUCAAGUUUAAGAUUAAACCUGGUCCUGAAGCGGGGAACGCUGAUACUCGGACUAAAAGGAUCUCUUUCCUAUUCCACCCAUUUUUGCCCCUUGCUCUUUCCAUCCAGCAGACUCCAUAUUUGCAGCCGUCAGUUAACAUUCACUUCCGAAGAUGAGGUCUUAUGUUUUCCAAUCGGCUGUUCUUCCUCCCAACACUAACAGUGUUUUUUUUUGUUUUUUCCCCCCACUUUACCUGCCCCCGUUUCUGUAAAUUUAGAUUAUUCUUUCUCCCCCUAUAAAUUGAGAUAUCUAUGUAUCUAGGCCUGUUCUUGUAUUGUUCUACUUCUUGUAGUUGUUCACGCUAUUCGGUUACGUGUGUCGUGGAAGUUACAUGCCUAGUUUGGCACUUGUUCGAGGAAGCUCAAGUGAAUUAUUUGUUUGCAA